UUGAUCCUUCUCCUCUCUCUCUCUCUCUCUCUCUCUCUCUCUGGUGUUUUCUGCCGGUUCAGGAGGACCCAGUUUCAGUUUCGCGUCUCCGUGAGUCACAGCUGCUGAGGAUGGACGCUCGGAUCUUCACCCUGCAUGUCCUGACGCUCUGCUGCCUCAUUCACGGCUCCCUGCAGGGUGUGUAUCAGCGGCGUCUCUACAAGGAGCUGAUGAAGAACUACAACCCGUUAGAGCGACCGGUCAACAACGACUCCAACAGUCUGACUGUCCACUUCAGCUUCAGCCUGCUGCAGAUCAUGGACGUGGAUGAGAAGAACCAGGUGCUGACCACCAACAUCUGGCUGCAGCUGUACUGGACAGAUUUCUACCUGCAGUGGAACAUGUCCGACUAUCCAGGUGUGACCAACGUCAGAUUCCCAGACAGCCAGAUCUGGAGGCCCGACAUCCUGCUGUACAACAGUGCUGAUGAAAGGUUCGAUGCCUCUUUCCACACCAACAUCCUGGUCAACUCCACUGGUUACUGCCAGUACCUGCCACCAGGAAUAUUUAAGAGCACCUGUUACAUCGACGUUCGCUGGUUUCCAUUCGAUGUGCAGCGCUGCGACCUGAAGUUCGGCUCAUGGACAUACGGCGGCUGGUCUCUGGACCUGCAGAUGAUCGAGGCCGACAUCACCGGAUACAUCGCCAACGGAGAAUGGGACCUCGUGGAGGUUCCUGGACGGAGAAACGAGCGCUUCUACGACUGCUGUAAAGAGCCGUACCCCGAUGUCACCUUCACUGUAGUGAUGAGGAGGAGGACGCUCUACUACGGACUCAACCUCCUCAUUCCCUGUGUCCUCAUCUCCACACUCGCACUCCUCGUCUUUCUGCUGCCCGCUGACUCCGGAGAGAAGAUCUCCCUGGGUAUCACAGUGUUGCUCUCUCUGACUGUCUUCAUGCUGCUCGUAGCUGAAAUCAUGCCAGCGACAUCUGACUCUGUUCCUCUCAUCGCUCAGUACUUUGCAACCACCAUGGUGAUCGUGGGUCUGUCGGUCAUCGCUACAGUUCUGGUUCUGCAGUAUCAUCACCAUGACCCCGACGGAGGACACAUGCCACGAUGGACCCGUGUGAUAUUGUUGAACUGGUGCGCCUGGUUCCUGCGCAUGCGGCGUCCUGGCGAGGCAAAGGUCCGUCUGGCGUGCCACAACGCCACCAAGCGUCGGCGCGGCAGCCUGUCCAGCCUGGAGCUCAGCGUCAGUCAGGGGUCUCUGCGACAUCCGCAGGUAACCAAUGGCAACCUCCUGUACGUCGGCUUCCGGGGCAUGGAGGGGUUGCACUACGCCUCCACUACCGAACCCGAGCUCCUCUGCUCACGGCUCGUGGGAGGUGGUGUGGGCGGGGAAGAGGACGCACUGAGAGCGGGUGUUGGAGCCGGAGGAAGAGGAGGAGGAGCAGUAGGGGGCUCGACCCUGGAGGCAGAGCUGAACCAGAUCCUGGAGGAGGUGAGAUACAUCGCCAGCCGUUUCCGCGGCCAGGACGAGGAGGAGACGGUCUGCAACGAGUGGAAGUUUGCUGCGGCAGUGAUCGACCGGUUGUGUCUGGUUGCAUUCUCGCUCUUCACCAUCCUGUGCACCAUCGGUAUCCUCAUGUCGGCUCCCAACUUUGUGGAGGCCAUUUCUAAAGAUUUCUUCAGCUGAGGAGGAGGAGAGCCGUCGGCUGACAGCUGAUAUCUGCUGUCUUUAUUUUUAUUAAUGUCAACAAAUCAAAUGUAAAGACCCAAAGCCCAUUGGUUCCGAAUGAAAUAUAAAGUUCAUUUAAUUUAUAGUUUAAGGCUCACUUACAAGGGAUUUCAACCAUGACCCAUUUUAACAAUGAAGAUAACUGUCCCAAUGCUCAGUAUUCUCCAUAUUUAUUCCAAAAUAUUGAGGAAAAUAUCUCAAUGGUUGCUUGUCUGGCUGUUUCCUCCUGUUGGAAAAGCAAAUGUUAAAUGAAUACUUUGACUUUUUUGGGAAAUACUCUCAUUCACUUUCUUAAUGAGAAGAUUAAGACAAGAAGCAAUUGGUUUAGUUUAGCAACCAUUACUAUCAAUAGAGCCAUUUGUGGCCAUAGAAAUGUGUAUCAUAAACCUUCUGUUCUCCACAGAGCUUAUAUAUAUAUCCAAAAAUCCAAUGGGUAAAUCCCACUGAAGAAACCAGGGCGAUGCUAACUUCAGAGUUGGACUACAAAAGGACAUCAUGCUGAAUCUUAUAGAGGCAUCAGACUCUUUAAAAAAUAAAAGUGGUGUGUUGACACCAUUUAUCUCUUUUAAAGGUCCAAUGUGUAACGUUUAGGAGGAUCUGUUGUCAGAAAUGGGAUAUAAUAUUCAUGGGUAUGUUUUCAUUAUGGUCUAUUUGCCAGCCAAUAGGGUCCAAUUGUAAACCGGGAAAUAUUAAAUAUGCCAAAGUUUAAUGAUAGAAAUAUAAAGUAUGUGUCCCCAGCGUUUAGAAACUGAGAGAUGCUAACUUGGAUAUGUUGGGCAAUUUGCAUAAUUAGCAUUAAUAAUUUUGGGUGAAUCUAUUUCUGACAUUCAAACAUCAAAGUAUAAAAAUUAAGCUGGAAAUGACCAUAUUUGAACUCCUGGUGGGCUAAUUUUAUUACAUUUUCGAGUUGCUUUUGAGGUUGUUUAUUUGAAUAUUACAUAACCGCAGCAGCAAAGACACAGCUCAGUGACAAAACAACACCAGCAGCAGAGCUUAAGAAAUAUUACCUCAAACAUUCAGCGACAAAGAGCUUUCUUUAUUCUCAAAUGCAUGUGAGAUGUAUUAAUCAAUUCAAUGCAAUUCAAUUCAAUUUUAUUUGUAUAGCGCCAACUCAUAACAGAAGUUAUCUCAGGACACUUUUCAAAUAGAGCAGGUCUAGACCAAACUCUUUAUAACAUUAUUUACAGAGACCCAACAGUUCCCACCAUGAGCAAGCACUUGGAGACAAGGGCAAGGAAAAACUUCCUUUUAAGAGGCAGAAACCUAGGACAUUAGGUUAUGCAUACAAAUAACCAAAAUCAGCCCUCCUGGAGUUGAAAUUAAUUCCACUUCCAGUUAAAAUGGCCAUUUUGUAUUUUGAAAAUGUCAGAAAUGGAUUCAGAGUCAAUUGUCCAAAUCAGCCAACUAGUUAAUGGAGUAUUGUCCAUAUAGGUGAUCUAUUAAUGCUAUUAAUGCUAAUUACCCGACAUAUGUAAGUUAUCAUCUGGCAGUUUCUAAAUGCAAACUGUAUAUUUCUAAGAUAAAACUUUGUGCGACUCAACAUUUCUGGGUUCACGUUGCUGGCAAGUCGACUAUUAAUGUUUAAUCAGCUGAAAAUAAGAAUCAUUGUGUUUUCAUUACGUUAGGAUGUUUUUAUCUACAGAGGGAGCGGAAACUCUUCUGGCGGAGUCCGCCAUGUUUCUACAGUAGCCCAGAAGGAACAAACCAAACACUGACUUUAGGAAUGUAGUUUCUUCUCUAUGGUUGAAAGGCUGAGCUGUAUUCAAAUGGUUGUAAUGUGUAACUAAAUCUUACACACUGGUCCUUUAACUGUUUCAGGUCAGUAAAUAAUUGUACACCUGUAUAAUGAACUUUGUCUCGUGCAAACUUUUUGAUUUCAAGGCAGCUACAUUAAGAGCAGAGUAGGUCUUUACAGAUCGGGGGUCAGCGUUUGUCGGACGCUCCACGUUCGCUCACUUUCUCACGACAGCCAAAGUAUUUGUUGCACAAACAACUAACAUCGCCGUGCAUUUACAACCACAACAACACAUUUGAUCACUAAGAGGCUGUUUGUAUGUAGAUAUGAACAUUUACAGCUUUUCCAUUGAACUUCACUAAAUAUUCGGCUCAUGGCUGCGGAGAAAAUAGACUUAGUGCCAAAAAGAUUGCUGCAACUCUACGUCAUGUCUUGUUUGAACAGCUAGAUUGAAAUGAAAAGGGAGCGUUUUUCUAUUAUGUGUCUGGUAAAGUUGCUUUUACGUGUCUACAAGGUUUAUAUAGGCGAUCAGAUUGAGGAGCUAAAAUACUAUAAAAUAAUUCAGGACAGGGCGCCCAGUUAGAGCCGGCGACCCAUGUACCGAGGCUGAGUCCUUACUGCAGCGGCCAGGGGUUCGAGUCCGACCUGUGGCCCUUUGCUGAGUGUCGUCCCCUCUCUCUGCCCCCCUUUCCUGUCUAUCUUUGGCUGUAACUAUCAAAUAAAGGCAACAAAAAGGCCAAAAAAAAAUUACUUAAAAAAGAAAAAAUUCAGGACAACAUAGAUUAUUUCCAGGAUUUAUCAUCAAUUUCCAGUUUUUCCAGGACACUCGAUAACCCUGUCAGUGGCCAUUUUUUUGUUUUGCUAACAUUAUCUAACAAAAGAUGUGGUUGUCCUUUCAACAUAGAUUAGCCUAGCAUGUAGCAUAUCUAAGUACAGGAAAAGAGGAGAUUGGAGCACAGAGCAAAAAGGGCGCAAGGGUCAAUUCCUUAUGUGACGUUCAUUAUGUUCAGAUACAGUCCUAAUUGCUAGCUCGCAUUAAUCAGCAAUGAAAUCAAAUGAAGGAGUUUAUCCACACAUCAACCGAGUCUCUCUGAUGUGAUCCUGGUUUUAGCGUUUACGUCGUCAAUACUUCUGCCCGGCUAUAAAAACUAUUCUUUGAACGUUUUAAAUUCAGUAAAAUAUGCAAAUGUGCUUUGGUAACCAGCUGCAGCAGAAAAUAGCUGAAUCAAUGCCACAGAGGGACUCUUGAAAAAAAAACACUGUUUUAAAAUCUUUACAUUUUCCACUAAGCUCUUCCACCCAGCAGCUCUGGACAGUUGGAGGUUACGCAACGUUCCCUCAUUGGCACCUGAAGUUACUCCCAAAUAGAGCUUAUUUUGUUCAAAUGUUCAAAUUAUUGCAGAACGCUCGAUCAAGAAGAUGAGAUUAAACAUUUAUUCUCCAGCUCACAGACCAGGUUGUGAUUUCAGGGAUGAAGUUUGAAUGAUUGUGGUCGAUAUGUUCAUGAUGUGAAGCAGUCAGGCUGCUCUCUGUCCACUCUGCUCUUUGUAAAUAAAUGCAUUUUCUUAGA